AAUACAACUGCUCAUGUGAGCUAUGUGACGCACGAGCCUCUUGAACAUAUGUGUUGUAAUGAAUCGAGCUGCAUUCCACAACACAAGUUUACACCAGUUGAUAUCUGCCGGGUUAAAGUUUGAAUUUACGGAUUUUUAAAAUCUAAGAUCCACCACAUGCACUGUUAUCAACGUGUUCAUUGGACUUGCUCUACAUACCUGUCCACACAAUAUCAACUCUUUCACGGAUAAUUAGGAGGAAUAACACAAAAUGCCAAAAAUCCUAGGAAUAGAUUUUGCACCCCUCCACAUUCCCAUGGAGCGGCGUCUACAGACGUUAGCGGUUCAGCAGUGGACGUUUUCGUUUUUGUUCCUAGGCUUUGGGUGUCUGUUUAUCAUGAUUUACCUCUUAUUUACUUCAUUGUACUGGAUCCCUUUAAUAUAUCUUGCCUACUACAUUUACGACAGAAAGAAAGCUGCUCGAGGCGGGCGCAGGUGGCAAUGGAUUCGAGAAUGGACAUUGUGGAGAUACUUUCAGCAAUACUUCCCAAUAAAUUUGAUAAAAACUGUAGAUCUGGAUCCUAAUAAGAACUAUAUCAUGGGGUUUCAUCCCCAUGGAAUACUCAGCGUAAGCGCCUUCUGUCAUUUUGCCACAGAAGGAUCAAGAUGGAGUAAGAUAUUUCCGGGUAUUACUCCUUACUUAUUGGUACUUCCGGGCCAUUUCAUGUUCCCCGUAUAUAGAGAUUAUUUCAUGUCUGGUGGAGCGGUUGAAUCUACAUCAGAGAGUAUGAAAUUUCUUCUGACAAGACAUGGACCUGGAAACGCCCUUGGUCUUGUGGUGGGUGGGGCAUUAGAAGCAUUGGAGGCAUUUCCAGGAAAGUUUAAUUUGAAACUCGCGAAGAAGAAGGGCUUCAUCAAAAUGGCACUUAGGACUGGGGCAUGCUUAGUUCCAAUGUUCUCUUUUGGGGAGCAUGAAUUGUUUGUGCAAGCGGAAAAUCCACAGGGAUCCCGAUUAAGAAAUAUCCAGAACUGGUUAACCAAAUACACUGGAUUCUCUCCCCCUGUUUUCCACGGAAGAGGGAUGUUGAACUAUACCUUUGGUCUAGUCCCAUACAGAAUUCCCGUCUACACAGUUGUUGGUGUUCCAAUCGAGGUUGAAAAAGACGAAAACCCAUCACAAGAGAAAAUCGAUGCGCUACAUAAACAGUACUUGGAGGAAUUAGAAAAACUAUUCGAGACACACAAAACAAAAUACGGUGUUCCUGAAGAUAAACACCUGCAUUUCAUAGAAUAAUUAUUCUAGUGAUGUUCAUCAAAGUAAAUUCUUGCCUCUAUGUAAGAAUUAUGUUCUAAAUAUUUGCUACAGUUUGUAUGCUGUUGUCGAACGCCAUAACCGUGUAAACUAAUUAAGGAUAUCUAUCCUUGACUGGUUAAAACCACACAAGUAUGACUGAAUUGAAUUCUGAUUCAUAUUUUUGGCUUGUGAAUAUAAAUAUUCUAAGGAUAAGAUCAAUUUGAACGUCCAUUCUUAAUUCAUUUAUGGGCAUGGAGCCAAUCUUAGCUUAACAAUUAUAUGCAUACAAUUUGUUUCAUAUUAUGUUAAUAGAUUUGUUAUGGACUAAUUACAACAUGUAUAUGAUAUUAAAAUGUUUUCCUUUUUA